AUGCAGGGCUAUGAGCAAGGUGGCUACGAAGCUCAGGGCUACGAAAACAAGGGCUAUGAAGGUCAGGGCUACGAGUCCGUCGUCUACAGCACCAAGGAGGUCACCAUCACCUCCUGCGGCCCCGAAGUCACCAACUGCCCCGGAACUCAGACUGGUGCUCCCGUUCCUACCACCGCCCCUGGCGAGCCCGCUCCAGUUCCAACCACCACUUACUCUACCGAGUACGUCACUGUGACCGAUUGCCCACCAGAGGUUUCCAACUGCCCUGCAUCUUCCACCCGCGUCGAGACCAGCGUUGUCCCAGUUCCAACUGAGGCUACUGGCGUCCCAACAUCCGAGACUGCUCUGCCAACCGAGCAGCCAUCCGCUCCCAGCGGUACUGGCAACCUCCCCAUCCCAGUUCCAUCUGGCACUGGCACUGGUAUCCCAUCCAACCCAAGCGGUGGUAUCCCAACUGUCCUCCCACCAUACCCAACCAACAUCCCAAGCCAGCCAAGCCAGCCACUCCCAAGCACCUCCGUCGUAACCUAUACCACCUGCAUCCCAACUGUCAUGACCUCUGUCAUCACCCUGCAGCCAACCCCAACUGCUGUUCCAACCGGUGGUGUUCCCGGAACCGGUGCUCCCGGCAUCCCAUCCGGCACUGGUGUCAUGCCAACUGGAACCGGUGUCUUCCCAACCACCGCUCUCCCAACCUACACUGGUGCCGCCAGCACCUUCUCCGGCUCCUACGCCGUUGCUGGCCUUGCCGCCGCCGCCGCCAUCAUCCUAGCAUAAAUUUCUCUUCUUUAAUGACUCCCACUAGCUCACUUCUUCCGUCCUCAAUCUGUCGUUCGGUUCCGGCGAGACCAAAUAGCUAUGGGGUAUUAAUUUCUUAUUUCUCUUCCUUUUUUGUUCCUUUCUUGGACAUAGUGUGCAUGGCAAAAUAGAACCACUCUAGACAAGAACUUCGAAUAUUUCGAUCGGGACGCGGCAUUUGGGGUUCACGGGGAGAUUUGUGUGCUUUGGUUUUUCUUUUUUUUAUUCCCUCUUUAUAUUUCCCUCUUGAAACGUGGUUAAUUUAUGGACUUUGAAACUUUUGAACUCUUUCAGCUUACUACCUUUUGCCAUACAUAUACCUUCAUAGUAAUUCUUUUAAUUAGUUGGAGCUGUUCUAAUUCUCUUGCAGUUUUACAC